UGUGCUCUCCCCUGACGUGUCCCCUAAGUGUCUGGAUAACAGAUAACAGAGGCAGCGACCUGCGGGGGUCUUACAAAAGCGGCACUCAAAGAGUGGGAGCUUCGCACAAGAGGAGAGGAGCACACGCGAGACAGCGACGCAAAGUGGCCCCGCGCAUCAUCCAAGCGCCGCGUGGAAACAGAGAGGACCUCAUAACUUACGCGCAGACACUGACUUUUUACGCACGACACCAAGAGCAGAUUUUGACAGAGAGAAAAGUCCGUAGAAGAAACCUUCUUGGGAUACAGGAGCUUCUCACGGAUGUUACCUGACAGCGUAGGCCCCCACAGCCCACAGCUCUAAGACUAUUUACCAGCUUCUGAUCCAAUGGCUAAGAACUUUGGAACAGAUCCGUCAGAUGGAGACUGAUAUGGAAACUUUGAAGACAGCCUGUUGCAAUAUAUAGUUCAAUAUAUAACUUUAAAAACGCUUUUAUUUGAGGAUUCAUACUACUAGAAAAUAGUAAGCAGUCAUGCCUCGUCCGGGGAAGAACUCUUACAGCGACCAGAAGCCCCCAUAUUCCUACAUAUCACUGACAGCAAUGGCUAUCCAGAACUCAUCCGAAAAAAUGCUGCCUCUGAGUGACAUUUACAAGUUCAUCAUGGACCGCUUUCCGUAUUAUCGAGAGAAUACCCAACGAUGGCAGAAUUCCCUGCGACACAACCUCUCGUUUAACGACUGCUUCAUCAAGAUCCCCCGGCGGCCCGACCAGCCCGGGAAAGGCAGCUUUUGGGCUCUGCACCCGGACUGCGGGGACAUGUUUGAGAACGGCAGUUUCCUGAGGAGACGGAAGCGCUUCAAGGUGCUGCGGGCUGAGAUCAUGGCCUGCAAGAGCUCCCCGAUGAUGCAUUACUUUCACCAUCACCACCACCACCACCAGAGCAGCAAGCUGCUGGGCACAGCAUCUGGCCACCACGACCACUCGGCUGGCCCGGCGAGUGCCGUGGGUCGACUCCCCCCCUUCCAGGGUUACGGGGGCAUUACUUGCGCACAGUCCGGCGGGUUCAAACACCCAUUCGCCAUCGAGAACAUCAUAGGACGGGACUACAAGGGGGUGAUGGCCAGCGGGCUCCCGCUCACCUCGGUCAUGCACCACCUGGGUUACCCUGUGCCCCCGCAGCUCAGCAGCGUGGUCAACUCCAUGUGGCCACACGUCGGGAUGCUGUCGGAGUCCAUGGGGGGUGUGCACGUGCCCGCAUCAUCCGAGUACGUGCCCUUCGGCGUGUCGGCAAAGAGCCUGUACCAUAACGCCAACGGGCAAAGCCUGCCCGCCGUCCCUGUGCCAAUCAAACCCACCCCGUCCCUCGGUCCCGUGCCCAGUCUGGCGGGGCUGCAGCCCGGCCCGACACAGCUCUGCUCACCGGUGUCCGCGAUGGAGAAGGGCGACCUGCUGGAGGGGAAGGGCAACCCUCUUCACCCGGCUCUUCUGCUGUCCUAAUCGGGUAAAUUGAGGAUUUUUGAAAAGUUACUCACAAAAGAAGGACCUUGUUAUUGCAUGAAGUGAGAGAGGAAAAUGCAUAUCAGCUGCAUUAUAGAUGCAGCUGUAGAGGAGUUAUGAAAGGAUAACAUUGUGCUAUGUAAUGAAGUUGUUCACUAAACCCAUGUUGAUUGAAAUUAUGAUUUAUUUGCACAAGUUGUGAGGGCAUUUACCACAUACUGUAAUGUGGCACUGAUACAUACAAUCAGACAAAUAGAUACGCUGAACCCAAAGAAAGCUUUGAUCGAAGAGACAAAGAGUCUAAAAUGAUUCCCAAAUGCAAACUCUAAUUAACUCUGUUUAUUUAUUUUUUGCUCUUAUUCUAUUUAUUCUUGAUCAAUUACAGGCCUAUUGACAAAAGACAAAUAGGCCUUGAUGUUUUUAAUUAGGCCUGUUGCA